AUGAAUAUAGAUCCAAGCAAAAUGAAAUUCUGUGCCGGUUUGAUGAACUAUGUGCGGAGCCACAUGCUACAGCCGGAAUCCCAACGGAGGAUAGUGCUUGUAAUAGUGAGUAUCGCGCUGCUUUUGGACAAUAUGCUCUACAUGGUGAUAGUUCCCAUUAUUCCCGACUACCUACGAACCAUUGACGUUCUUCAGCGACGUGAAGCUCUCAUUGCUAACUUUUCGCAGACAGCCCAACUGCACAACUAUACAGGAAAGGAGAAAAUUAAAUUCAACUGGCUUGUUCCAGAGGCCGAGGAUGCAAAGAUCGGCACAUUGUUUGCAUUCAAGGCUAUUGUUCAGCUUUUCUUCAAUCCUUUAUCUGGUCAUAUCAUUGAUCGAAUCGGUUAUGAUAUUCCCAUGGUAAUAGGUUUGAGUGUAAUCUUCGUCUCCACGUCGAUUUUCGCUUUUGGCCACUCAUUCGGAGUUAUGUUUACGGCUCGCGGACUUCAAGGCGUUGGUUCUGCAUUUGCUGACACCUCUGGAUUUGCCAUGAUAGCCGACAGGUACACCGAGGAGAGCGAACGCACAAUGGCCCUCGGUAUUUCAUUGGCAUUUAUCUCUUUUGGCUCAUUAUUUGCACCUCCAUUUGGUGGUGUUCUUUAUCAGUACUGCGGAAAAGAAUUUCCUUUCAUAGCACUUGCUUUUCUAGCCUUGUUUGACGGAUUUUUGGUAAUGUUUGUAAUGCAGCCGGUGAGACUGGUUCGAAUGGAACUACAGGCUGAAGGAGCCCUACCUAAACCUGCGCCUAUUCAUCGCCUCUUGCGUGAUCCCUUCAUUCUUAUAUGUGCUGGAGCACUUGUCUCUGCCAACGUUUCCCUGGCCUUUCUGGAGCCGACCAUUGCAACAUGGAUGCAAGACACCAUGCAAGCCACCAAUUCACAAGCUGGUCUUAUUUGGCUUCCAGCUUUCCUGCCACACGUACUGGGUGUUUAUACGACUGUUAAGCUUGCCGAAAAGUAUCCACAGUACCAGUGGUUGAUAGCUGCCAUAGGGCUGCUGCUUGAGGGCAUAAGCUGCAUCUUCAUUCCAUUUUGUAAGAAUUUUGUGAGUCUCAUGAUGCCUAUUUCCAUUCUUUGCUACGGAGUAGCUCUGGUAGACACAGCCAUACUUCCGUGUCUGGGUUACUUGGUAGACACACGUUUUGUCUCUAUCUAUGGCUCAGUUUACGCUAUCGCAGACAUAUCAUACUCCGUUGCCUAUGCUAUCGGCCCCAUAGUGGCAGGAAAUCUGCUCCGUGUUAUGAAUUUCACUGGACUCAAUGUGUGCAUUUGUGUGGUUACUUGUGCCUACACACCCUUGCUUUACAUUUUACGAAAGUGCCGUGUCCCAGAUGAGGAAAGGGAGAAGAAAAUGGGGAUGUUGGAGGAGGAAGAGAAUGAAGAACAGAAGGAAGGUUUGGACUCUAUCUCAGAUUUGAAACCGAAGGAUUCUACAAGUAAAAGAACUCGAAUAAAAAGGCAGGACACUGCACGUUUCGAGCCUGCUGGAUGUCGCCGUGCCACAUCUAUGUCAAGUGAACUGGCGAUGCGCGCAAAGGCGCUUUCCACAGAGUGCCCGGGUUAUGAACAGCAGGGUGAAAUCAUGGACGUGAUGGAAGCACGACCGGUCUAUGCGGCCGAUGGCUCAAGAGGUGUGGUCCGCGCAACUCCGAAUGUGGUUACGGUAGAUGGUAAUCAAAAUGGCUAUACCAGAGAUAACAGCUAUAAGUAUUAA